UUCCAUCCCACAAAUAUCUUCUUCUUUAUAUAUAACUUAAAUAUCUUCUUCUUGGGUGUAUCUCCUUUCUGUUGCUGAAAAAUGGGGUCUGCAUUGUUUUACUGCUUUCUUUGUGUUACAGGGCUAUUGCCUGCUCUGUCUUACUCUCAGGAUGACUUUGUUUGCUCCAGAGCAACCUAUUAUGGCAGCCCAGAUUGCUAUGGUACCCCAACUGGAGCUUGUGGGUUUGGUGAGUAUGGAAGGAACAUUUAUGACGGCCAUGUUUCCGGGGUCUCUAAGCUUUGGAGAGACGGCAGUGGCUGUGGUGCUUGCUAUCAGGUGAGGUGCACAAAUGCAGAGCUCUGUGCUGAAGAUGGUGUGAACGUAGUGGUGACUGACCAUGGUGAAGGAGACCACACCGACUUCAUCCUCAGCCCACGCGCCUACGCAUGGAUGGCCAAGUCCAACGACAAGGCCGAGCAGCUCUUUGCUUACGGUGUGGUUGACGUAGAAUUCCGGAGAAUCCCCUGUCGCUACCCCGGUACCAAGACCGUCUUCAAGGUCCAUGAGCACAGCAAUAACCCUAAUUACUUGGCCAUUUUAAUCUUAUACCAAGCUGGCAAAAAUGAUGUCUUGAACAUGCAAAUUUGGCAGGAGGAUUGCAAGGAAUGGCGGAGCAUGAGAAGGGUGUUUGGAACAGUAUUCGACGCAGAGAAUCCACCGAGGGGGCCGGUGUCGUUGAGGUUGCAAGUGACCGGGAGUCAUGGCUCCUACAUAUGGUUGGAGGCUUGGAAUGUCAUUCCAGGUGAUUGGAAGGGUGGGGUUGCUUACCAAUCAGACAUUGAACUCCACUAAGUCUGUUUAAUGGAAUAAUGUCAAUUUCUAGACUACAAAUAGGGACUACCUAGUUUAAUUAGUUCAUAAUUGUGGGAGUGUUAGGCCAAAGUGCUGUGUCUUGCUCAAUAAAAACUGGGAUUUGUGUACUUCUGUUAUGAAUUAAUAUAUGUGAAUAAAGUUCCACUUAGAGC